GCGAGGUUGGCAACUGAAUUGACGACGAUGGAGGGAUGGAGGCUGCUUUCAACUUUCCGGAAUUUCUUAACAUCGCAAGUGAACUUUGGAAAAGUCAGUCUUCGAAAGAAAAGUAUUGCAUUCAGAAUGCAUUUGAACACGACAAGGAUAUUAUUGACGUAGGAAUGAAAGUAGUCAACUGGAGAGAUUCCAGCAUUGAACGCUAUAUUGAAACUAUUGAAAGAUGUUUCAAGCUUCCAGGGUCUAGGUUGAAAUCAACGUCAGCUGCUGAGGACAAUAGACAAAAGGGUAACAAGCUCUUCCAGAAGAAGGAUUAUAAACAGGCUUUAGAGUUCUAUACAAAGAGUGUUCAGAUUGCUCCUCAUGAUGGAUCAGAUACACUAGCAUUCGCUCAUGCAAACCGGUCUGCUGCCCUCUUUCAUCUUGGCCAUUACAAGGCUUGUAUCCAGGAUAUAGAUGAAGCAAUAGGACAGGGAUACCCAACUGAUAAACACUACAAGGUGCUCCAAAGAAAGGGACAGUGCUUCUUAAAAUUGGGAUGCUUUAAAGAAGCACAAGAAGAAUUCUUGAAGGCUCUGCAAUGCCUUGAAUGUGUUGUUGGAGAAAGCAAAAGGAAACAAGAGGUAAAGACUCUGCUACAGGAGAGCAUCAACCCUUCAGUUGAAGAUCAGUUCCUUUCAUUGCGCUUUAAGCUUAGUGAUGAAUCAGGUGAAGAGAUCUCAGAGAUAUCAUCCCGAUUGGCAAAUGCUUCAACAGCAGUCAUUGCAAAAUAUCAGAAAGAGAAGGGUCGAUAUCUAGAGGCAACCAGAGACAUAGAAGCCGGUGAACUACUCAUCAAGGACAAGCCAUAUGCUGCCAUCAUCUUAAAAGAAGAAGAAAAUUCCUACUGUCAUCACUGUUUUGUGCCAUGCUCACCAAUCCCGUGUCCCAGCUGCACUUAUGCUAGAUACUGUAGUUCUGAAUGCAGAGCAGCUUGUUUGAGUCAGUAUCACUUUGUUGAGUGUGGGACUGAGGAACUUCUACAGCAGGUGAGCUUGUUCAGCCAACUUAGUCUGCAUAUCCUCAUCACUGCUGGGACGAAAGCACUCUCCCAACACAUCAACAAUUCCAAGACACCAUCUUGCUCACAGUCAUCUUCAAAAUCAUCAACAUCGUCAUCAUCGACCGCUUCGCAGACUCCCUCAUCAGAUUACGUUGAACGUGGCAAAGUCACUUAUGAAUCCAUCCAUGGUCUUGAAGCACAUUGGUUUAAUCAUUCACAUGAAGAGCUUAUACAGUAUGCUGUGACUUCCAUUUUGCUUGCCAAGUGCUUCUACUCAAAGCUAGUCCUACCUGAAACCUGCGAAACCUUCUCUAAAGAUGAGAUCGUCACAGAGGUGGCUUCCCUCCUUCUACUUCACACCAGACAACUGAAAUCAAACUCCCAUGCUAUCACCCAUGUGCGGUCAUCUGAGAAAGGAAACACAACAGCUAAGUCAACUGAUGGGACCAUAGAGGAGAUAUCGCAGGUUCGGAUAGCGACAGCGGUCUACCCCACAGUGAGCUUGAUGAACCAUGCUUGUCAACCAAACGUCAUUGCCAGUUUCAGAAAAGAUAUCAUUAGUGUUAGAGCUACAGAGAGGAUCAGAUGUGGUGAUGAAAUACAACAUUGUUAUGGACCUCAGGUAGGUCACAUGACAUCAUCGGACAGGCAGGAGGCGCUCUUAAAGCAGUACUGCUUCACAUGCUGCUGCAGAGCUUGCAAGUCUCAUCCCAAAUCUAGCGAGAAAGAGAGGGAUGUCCGCAUCAAAUGUCCCCAAUGCAGUCACCAACUCAACUUCAAGACAAGUAUGUGUGGACCGUGUAAUGAGAGUUUUGAUUUGGUGGUAUUAUUGACGAUGGCAAAACAAGCUAUGACUAACAUAUCUGAGUUAGUAGAUGAAUUCUCAGCAGUAGAGGGUGACAAAGCACUAAUGAGAGAUGUUGUUUCAAGAACAAAAUGCUGCAUCGAAGAGUUAGAGCGAAUCGUCAUGACACCUGACAUGAAAUUAGCCGAGGCAUAUGACUUCAUGGCCAAAUGUCACGCUAUGCUGGAUGAGUUCAAAGAAGCUGGUUCAUGGUUAACCAAGUCAAUCCCAACGAUUGAAUGGAAGUAUGGCAGGGAUUCUAUAGAGGUAGCUAAUGAACUCUACAAGCUGGCACAGAUAUACUUCAAUGGUGAGGAGGUUGCUCCAGCAAUGGAAGCUAUAGAUAGAGCCCUGGAACUAUUUACGCGUCACUAUGGCAAGAACACCUGUGAGGUUCAGGAUCUAAUGAAGAUGAAGCUCUGUCUGAAGUUACUCUGACAUAGCACCCCACUGCUUGGAUCCUGAAAGUGACAAGAGAUGUUGUCUGUAGAUGCUUAAUUGAGGACAAAAUCUUACAUUGACAAGUUGGAGCAUACCGGUACUGUCUUCAUAGCCAUUUGAUUGGUGUCUACAGAUUAUUUUCUGCAAGCGAAGGGUCCUAUUCUGAAGGCUGAAAGCAAAUAAUGUGCUAUUGCAAUUCCAGAUGCAUUGGGAAUAACUUCAACUCCUCUAUUAGAAGUACUGUCUUAUCAUUUGUGUAAUAUGUUACAUGAUAUCACACUGUGUAGAAUGAUUGGUUGUCAGAUAUUCUAUCAGGAAUCUACAGUGUGUUGAUUUCAUCACAAAUAUUUUAUUACAUAACUUUUACAUGUGACAGCAGUGUGAUGCAUAUGAAUCCAUUACCGGUAAAUCAUAUUAUGGAACAGGUCCAAGAAUGCGUAUGAAAGUCGAAUGUGAUGAUCUAAUUCUGUUCAUCCUUGCAGCCAUAAAUUGAUAUAAUGGGUGUCCUCAAGUGCGCUACAUAUCCCCCAACACACUUGCAACGAUGCAUUAUUGGUAAUUAUAUUCUAUAUACUAUAAUGUACUAUUCGUCAAAAGUAAUUCACAUGUUAAAUCAAAGCUGGCUAUCAAACACAGAGUGGUGUUUUCUGUUGGGCUAGUCUUUCAAGCUAUAUCAAAACAAGCAUUACCAAUAUCUGGAUUAAGCACAAAAUAAGUGUGUUGCUCUGUGUACUAUGUGUGCACAAUUAAAUAAGUCCAACACACUGUCAUUUUGAUAUCCACUUCAGUUGUACUAACAGAAAUAAAUGGCAAGUUUUGGGUGGUUGCAAGUUGGUUACAAGGGGAAUAUUAUGGAAUUUUAAGAAAUACAUUGACUUUUACUUCUCCAUAUUGAUCUCUAAAUGUGAUCCGUGUUAAGAUAUCAGAUGAACAUGCUGCUUAUUUGUGUUAACAUAUGUUUUUGCCCUGUGUUAAAAUACGGUUUGGAUACUCCAUAACUGCAGCAUGUAUUUGCACGUAUCUUAAUCAUUUAUCAUUUACGAAGUAACAAAGAUUUCGCCGUAGGGUACGGACUAAUGAGCGAAAGACGUGACUAUCUUUCUUAAGCAAAAAUAUAGAGGAAAUCAUUUUCCAUGACCGACAGACCUUUCUGUUUACGCAUGUAUCGUUUCAGAAUUAUAUAAAACAUCUGCCGCAGAUAUUAUUACAGUGAGUUGAGAUAUUAAAGUCAAUACCACAAGGUGGAAUAUUUUGAAAUGCUCUUUAUCCUUCCUGUUUAUUGUGAAAUUCAAGAGGAAUUCUGGAUGAAUUGUAUUCAUAAUGAAUGAAUCAUUAAUUCAUUAAUCAGUCAUUGAAACAGUACAAUGUUUUCUUCUCAUUUUCCUUCUCAGUGUGCAUGUUUUUGUCCUUAUCGUGAUGAUUUUAGGAUUUUUUUUCUCUAAAACUUAUCAAAAUACUUUAGGGGUUCUUUCUAUUCAUAUAACCAUAUUAAUUUAUUAUAUGUUAUGGUCUGCUGAUGAUAUUGUUGACAUUACUUGAAAAGCUGUGGAUGCCAUAUUUUAUUUCUGUAAAAUAAAGUUACCUUUAAGAUCAUUGGUUGGAUGUAUUUGUAAGGGUCUUUUCAGGCACGCAACCAAAUGCAUACGAUUUCUUUUCAUUUGUCAAAUGUUUCGGAAUAGACAUUUCAAAAAGUUUUCUGUUUUUAUUUAUCUGGUGGCAUGAGAUUACGUGCACAAAAAAAUAGUCACAGAGAAAAAUGACUUCAUGUCACUUCUUUCCUUUAUAAACGCCUUUUAAUUUGCCUUUAAGCCAAAUUUAUCAAAUUCAAUCACUCCAGAUUAAUUUGUUUUGCUUUGUAAGCACUUUUAAGAAUAGCAUAAAUUGUUGUUAUGAUAACAACAUCAGGUUAAAGAAUGACAGAUAUUGUUGUUAGGAAACCACCAUGAUGUGAGCCUCAAAGCAGAAAUGAGAUUAUGUGCGAAUGCUCAUUCUUCUUUAGAGAAUAUAUUUCAUAUGAUUUGCUCAAGAUAUGAACCUUGUGCAGCUUGAUAAAUAUUCUCCAAAUAGGGUCGGUAUGAAUAUGCUUGCAAUGAAUUUACAAGUAAGGAUUCAAAAAUAUAAAUAUAGCAGGUCUAGGAGAUUAUCAGGGGGACGAAGGGGGUAGAAUUAAUCCAUUUUGUACCCCCCCCCCUCUUGAAAAAUAAAUAUUCCUGUUGGCACGAAAUCAAUUAAUUGGCAAAUUCAAUUAAUCAAUUAAUUGGCAAAACAAAAAUUGACAAGCAAAAUUUGAUACAAAAGAUUGUAUGUUAGCACUACAAAAAUAGUUCUAUUUGCUAAAAAAAACAAUGAAUAGGUUAUCACAUAUCCAGGAGGGGGCAAUGUCUUUCCUAAACUCAUUACAGUGGCAGAUCGAUCAUACGUGGAUAGGAGGAGGAGGGGGGUUUCAAUCUACCACUGGAUACAUGUAUAUAAUCCAUUGAUUUCUAAAUUUUUGGAAAAGAAUGUAGUACGUGGAGGAGUCGUGGUGUAGUGGUUCUGACUCUCGCCUUGUAAACAGAGGGUCGUGUGCUGGAAUACCACCAAUGCGAUCUGUCAUCCUUUGGCAAAUUGUUAAUCCACACUUUGCCACUCUCGACCCAGGUGCUAAUUGGGUACCCGGUAGGAUGUGAAAGUCAUUGUAGCUUGUCCAGUACUGUGUGCGUCUCACCGGGGACUGACUGGAAUACUCGCUAGGGAGUGGAGGGUGUGCACACAUUGUGUGCGGGAAUGACUGAUUGAAUCCGAUGACCGGGGUAAUAAUAUAUCUGUAAAGCGUUUAGACACAUCGUUCCGAUGUAUUAAGCGCUAUAUAAAAGCGGAUUAUUAUUAUUUGAAUUCCCAAAGAAUUUUGGUUCUAUGAACUCAUUUUAAAGAGAUUGAAAGGGUAAGUUCAUCCUGAAGAAAAUUUUGUUGUAAAAAUAUCCAAAAAAAAAUAAUGAAAAAUAUUAGCGAAGGUUUGAGGAAAAUUCAUUAAAGAUUAAGAAAGUUAUUAGAAUUUUAAAUUUUGGAUUUGUGACGUCAUAAACGAGCAGCUGCCCCAUAUGUUAUGUAAUAUAAAAUGUAUAAAUUUCAAUGUGUUAAUGGUUCCUGAUGACUUAUUUUUCUUUUUAGGAACGGGUUUGGAAUGAUUUUUCUAUUGAUAUACUGAAGGUACAGUAGAAACCAUUAUCAUUUUCUGAGGAAAUGACAUUUCAUUGAUUAUUUACCAUAUCCCAUAUGGCGUCAUAAAUCAAAUAAUUAAAAUUUUAAUAGCUUAUUUAUUCUUUGGCAAAUUUUUUUUCUGCUAUUUUUACAACAAACUUUUAGUCAGAGUGAACUUCCCUUUGAAAGAUAUUUGUAUGCAUUGAACUGUUAUUGCCCUCUUACUUAGUGAGAAAACCUGGUGAAGAUGGCAUAUUUUUGCCUUCCCAUGCAUAUUUAAUAUAGAAUGUUUGAUUGUUUUUUUUUUAAUGAUAUCAAUAUAUUUAAUGCAUCGCAAAUGUGCAUUAGCAAAAUCAAGUUAAUGUUCCCAUUAUUGCAUUCCUUGUAAAGUUUAACCUUAAAAACUAUGAAUGAAUAUAAAUUGUCACUCAAUAAAUUUUGUCUGAUUUUAUAGUAUUCCCAUAACCCUUUCCAUUUUUCUUAGAAAUAUAUGAAUGGGCAAUGUAACAAAAAAAAUAAAAAAUGAAUAAAAUACAAACAAAAAUUGUGUAUUUUCUCUCCAAGUUUAAUGCAAAUAAUAAAUCUGAAGCAUAACAUACACAAGUUACUAACAACUUGUGCUCAGUAUCAAGAGUUAUGUCUAAAGCGAUUGGUUAUUUUGCCAUAUCAUUUACAUAUAUGUAUUCUUUUAGCAAAAAGGAAUUGUGUUGUUGAUAGAUGCCCUGUAAUGUAUGUUAGUAUUCCUUACAAAUACAUAGAUAUGAUAUAUAUUUUUACAUAUUUUCAUUAUUUUUAUUAAAAGCAAGUAUAAAUGUAA